GCCGUUGUUCUUCUAAGCUACGAUGGUCACAUUGAACUUGUCAAAACCUAUGCUUGACGCGAGAUGUACGGCAUCUCGAGACGAUGUAAUGUGCCUCAUUCCCUCUAGUCUAUCAAAUACUUUCUCGGAAAAUUCUCCUACCCGAAUGGCCCAAUCUAUCAUGGAAUUGUCCCGAUCUCCGCUACCGUCACCAUACAUCUCUGUCUGCAUCUCAACUGUCAGCUCGACACUCGACCUAGCUCUUAACAGACCCUUCACAAUAACUGUCAUUAUGACACUUCGCCACACCCAUCCAAUCACGUUCCACAAGCACACAACUCCUUUCUUUAACAGACUCCUCUACAAUCCCGGCUUGACUUUCACAAACGUCCGUACUGGAGAAAGCAUCAGUCGGGUAGUCAUGCAUGUAUUAUACCUGAGGUCCGAAGAGGAUAUGUUACCCACAGAGAAGAACAGACCAAGCUGGGUUACACUAUCCCCAGGUGUACCUCACACCCUAGAAGCUACGCUCAGACCCAGGCUCACCGCACCACCAAUUCCCCUUACGCGGGGUAUGACAAUUGCGGAGAUAACAGAAAUUCAAAGCCGCCAGACGAAGACAAUGAAAUGGCCAAAUGUCGCGAAUUUCGAAGACGAGCAAACCUACGAGAUAGGUGUUACUACGGGUGUGGGUGUGAAGGAAUGGUUUCCAGAGAGUUUCGAUAGGAUAUUGGGGAUGAGGGAAUUAGGGAUGACGCCGGAUGUUCGGAAAGAGGCGAUUGGCUUUGAGGUUGUACAGAGUGCAAGGUUUACCUUAAAGAGGCCGGAUAAGGACGGGAGUCUCAAUUGUUUGUGAAGAACUUGAGGACUUCUGCUUUCUCAGCAAGCUUAUGUAGCGGUAGCGGUUGUUCUUCAAAACGCUCUACAAAUUUAGUCCGACUCAAGGAUUGAGUUUUGAGAGGACCCUUAGUGCACAGUGUCACAUUCUAUAACACAACCCACGACCUACAGUAAGCUCCGCGUUCUUGCAAGAGAGGGGGCAAGAUGCCGUGAAAUUGCAGCUGAGUUCCUGUCUUGUGACGUAAGUACGCGGUGGGUAACGAUGUACGAGAGGCAUCAAUUGGCAAGAUGCGUGCUAGCACAGGUGGGGUAGUAGAGGUUGAAG